CUUAAAAGCAUUAAUGUUCAUUUAAUGAUUUAGAAGGUGAAAUACCGAGUGGUGGCGUUUUUGCAAAUUCAACUCUGCAAUCAUUUAUUCGGAACAAAGGUCUUUGCGGAAUACACAUAUUGGAGAUUCCUGCUUGUGCUAUCAAUAAUCCUGGAAAACAAUCAAAGCUUAAGGAGGUUCUACUAAAAAUUGUUACUCCAGUGGUUAUUGCAUCCUUUUUGAUAUUCUUGUUGGUUUUAAUUUGGAUAAUGAAACAACAGAAGAAAGGAAAGUCCAAAGAUGUUGAACAGGUACUGGAGAUCAGGACUCAUCAUUUAGUUUCUUAUCACGAGAUUCAACGAGCAACAAAUAAUUUUGAUGAAUCCAAUUUAAUUGGUGAGGGAAGCUCUGGUUCUGUGUACAAAGGCACAUUGUUUGGUGGAACUGCAGUGGCCAUUAAGGUUCUAGAUUUGGAAAAUGAGCAAGUAUGCAAAAGGUUUGAUACCGAAUGUGAUGUAAUGAGAAAUGUUAGACACAGAAAUCUUGUUCCAGUGAUUACUACAUGUUCUAAUGACUAUAUAAGAGCCUUUGUUCUGCAAUUUAUUCCCAAUGGAAGUCUUGAGAAUUGGCUCUACAAAGAAGAUCGCCACUUGAACCUUCAUCAAAGAGUCACUGUAAUGCUUGAUGCAGCUAUGGCAGUUGAAUAUCUACAUCAUGGUCAUGUCACUCCAAUAGUUCAUUGUGACCUCAAGCCAGCCAACAUUCUUUUGGAUGAAGAUAUGGUGGCUCAUGUUGGUGAUUUUGGAAUCUCUAAAAUUUUAGCAAUAAGCAAGUCCAUGGCUUAUACCGAGACAUUGGGCACUCCUGGAUACAUUGCACCAGAAUAUGGCUCGGAUGGAAUAGUGUCUGCUAGUGGCGAUGUUUAUAGUUACGGCAUCAUGUUGAUGGAGGUUUUGACGAAAAGAAGGCCAACAGAUGAAGAGAUAUGCAAUGAAAAUCUUGACUUGAGGAAAUGGAUAACACAAUCAUUUUUAGGGAGUAUGAUGGACUUUGUGGAUAUCAAUCUUUUUUCCAAGGAAGAACAGAUCACUUCAAAAAGUGAAAUCUGCAUUGCGUCCAUGAUAGAAUUGGGUUUAGACUGCACAAUGGAAAUGCCAGGAUCAAGAAUAAGCAUGAAAGAAGUAGUGAAGAGGCUUAACAAAAUCAACAACACAUUUCUGGAAACACAUAAGUGAUCAGCAUCUGUUCGGAUGGUGUUCUUUUCUGAGCUGCAAGUUAAUAUGAUGUUUUUGUUUCUUUAGUAAAGUCGUCGUAUAGUACUACUUGGAGUCAUGUAUUGUUUGUAAUUUCAUUUGAGUAUUUGAACCUAUUUUACUUUAUCUAUUUGUAAUUAUGUUUUGAAUGCUUGAAAGAAACCAGAAUGAAAUUAAUAGUCGCUUGACUCCGGUGAGUUUUUAA